AUAAAUAGCUACAAAGUAAAAAUUGUUACCGGCUUACCGAACUCAGUUCUAUAAUUCAAGAAAUAUUUAAAACAAUAGAACAACACUAUCGUUAUAGAGAAUAAGUGCAGUGUGAUUGAUUGUAAAAACUUAAUGGAUGAAAAUGAUGUUGCAAAAUUAUACAGAUCUCCUCCAAAAAAUUCAGAAACACUGCCUUUGUGGAAAACAACUACUAGUCAAACAAUAGAAUGGAGACCUAAUCAACACAGUGGGUUAUGUGUCAACUCUUUUGAAAAAACUAAAUUCAUAGUUAGCAACAGGAAAAGGGCUUUAAAAUCAACAAAAAACCCAAAGGAUGAAUAUUGUACAGAUUUUAUGGAAUAUAACAAAAAGAAGUCACUAAAUACAUGUAGUGAUGGAGGGCAAAAGGAAAAACUUAUAAAAAACCAACCAUUGAACAUUGAAUACCAAUUAUUGGCGGUUUCAUAUUUUAAAAAAAUUAAAGCUUUAAAAAUGAAAAAACGAAGAUACACUAAACAAAUUAAUUUAUUAUACUCCGAGUUGUUGAAAAAAAAAAACCUUCUCAUCGAUGAAGAAAGUCAUAUAAACUCUUUGGACAAUGAUCCAAAAUUAUUUUCCAUUUUCGUAGAUACUGAAAUGAAAAAAUUAAAGCAAAAUAAAAAAGUUUAUUUAACUACAAAAUUCAAGAUCAAAAAAAUACUAACCAAAGGACUGCUUAAGGCCUUAAAAUCCGAAAUUUAG